ACAUCGAUUUGGAAAGUGAAACCUUUCUUCUCUAUUCCAUCCGUUUAUAUUUUCUUCCUCCUCCACCCGUCAGACCAUUUGACGUCAGACCAAGUUCGAAACUGCGCACGUUGCUAUUCCGAAGACUGUCAAACUCACGCGACUGGUUAUAUACUUACCUACCCAUCGGCCGAUGCGACGUUGAGUAUAACCCAAACCUGAAACGGUUAGUAAGGACGAUGGUGGGCGGUGUGCCGAGCGGCAAAAUGCGCCGGGCCCUGAUGGUCCUCAUCCUGGUCAUGGGGGUCCUUUUCAUAGCGAUGUACGCCCGGACACCUCCGCUUGUAUCACUUCAGCCUUUCACUGCCAGAAGUCUGAAGCAGUUACAACAUAUGGUGACUUUCAUGGGCAACAACCAUACUUCCGAAAGUCCGGAAACGAAGCUAUAUGAAUAUUCGGAUAUACAUAGGAACUUCCAGAGUCCUUGGUCUUGGGGCUGCGUCGCGGGUCGCUGCGAAAGAAGGGCCGUAAGAUCCUCAAGAACGUCGCUGGCAACUUGCACAGCCCUCUGCGGGGGUAACGAACGUUUAAUUUGGCCCCGACCUACGGGAGACGUUUUUCUCGGGGAAAAUAGCGUCACAUUUCAUCUUCAACAAGUAUCGCUGGUCACUGUAAACACCAGCGAUCAGGAGGUCAAGAAUCUUUUAGAGCACGCGAAGGACGUAUUUUUAGGUAACAUUAGAAGUCUGAUAAAAGUCCAGAAUGCCAAGGCAAGAUCCAGUAUCGAUAGUUUCGUGAUAUAUUUAUCAGCGGGUAACGUCCUGGGCACAAGGCAAACGCUGACCACCGAUGAAUCUUACAACGUUCAAGUCACCCUCAAGGGUAAGCUUCUGGAGGCCAAAAUCACCGGGAAAAGUUACUACGGCGUUCGCCAUGGCCUCGAGACCCUAAGUCAGAUGAUUUGGUGGGACGAAGCGGCGGGCAGAAACGGAAUACUGAGGGCGAUCUCAUCCGCUUCUAUACAAGACAAGCCGACGUUCGGCUAUCGAGGGCUGCUUAUAGAUACGGGUAGACAAUUUUUCGCUAUCGAAGAACUGAAAAGAGUCGUCGACGGGAUGGCCGCCUCCAAGCUCAACACCUUUCACUGGCACUUGACGGAUUCUCAAAGCUUUCCUUACGACUCUCCACAGUUUCCGGAAAUGGCCAGGUGGGGUGCCUUCAGUGGGGAUCAAGUUUAUUCACCCGAGGACGUUAAGGACCUCGUGGAUUACGCUAAAGUACGGGGCAUUCGCGUCCUAAUCGAAAUCGACGCACCCGCUCAUGCCGGCGCUGGAUGGCAAUGGGGCGCAGAGAACGGUUUUGGGGAACUCGCACUUUGCGUCGACCAGCAACCGUGGUCGGCAUACUGCGGUGAACCAAACUGCGGUCAACUUAAUCCAUUCAAUGAACAUUCUUACAAAAUCCUGGAAGGACUGUACAGAGAACUCUUGGACAUCACCGAACUACGUGAUAUUAUUCACAUCGGUGGAGACGAAGUGAACUUGGAAUGCUGGGCCCAGUACAAUAACAUUACCAUGGCAAUGCAGGCCCAGAAUAUCACAGAUCUUCAUGCCUUAUGGGGUGAUUUCGAAUCCAAGGCACUCCACAGAGUGAUCAGAGCCAAUCACAACCAUGUUCCCAAAGCUGUCGUUGUGUGGAGUUCGCCUCUUACUAAACGGCCAUACAUCAACACAUACUUUAAUCCCCAGUUACACGUAAUUCAAUCCUGGGGCGGCAGUAACUGGCCGGAAACCCCAGAGCUUUUGGAGGACGGUUUCCGGGUGAUACUUUCGCACGUGGACGCGUGGUAUUUGGAUUGCGGAUUUGGCAGAUGGCGAGAAACGGGGGAAGCGGCCUGCGGCGAGUAUCGAAUCUGGCAAACUGUCUAUAAUCACAGACCUUGGAAAGAUUAUAGCCAAAAAGAGGUUUCCCUCAUUCUUGGUGGCGAAGCCGCGCUAUGGUCUGAGCAAGUGGGACGGGCAUCAUUAGGGCCCCGAUUAUGGCCGAGGGCCUCAGCCUUUGCGGAAAGAUUAUGGACUGACUCUUUGUCGAACGGUUAUACGACCGAAGAGAACGUCUACACGAGGCUUGCGGCGCACAGAGAACUCCUUCGCAGUCGAGGACUUCACACUGAACCUAUGUGGCCGCAGUGGUGCUCGGAUAAUCCUGGCAAAUGCCUUUGACCAGUCUUUGGUAGCUGCAGUAUGAAAAAAAGAGUACUGGUUUGAAAGGACAGGUGUAUGGAUUCUUGACAGGGCUUAGUGUAAAGGAUAUCCUUCGCGAUAUGAAUUUUUGAUACUCUCUGAGGCGACAUGCGAAUUCAAUAUUUACUACAAAGAAAUAUAUAUAUAUAUAUAGGUAUAUAUAUAUGCACUAAAAUUUUUACAAGAUUUUUGAUUAAGUUAAUUGAUUGCGAAAGAUAUACUUUCUCGUCAAGAUAAGUAGCGACGUAUUAUCGACUGUUACAUUUAAUGCCUUUGAAAAUUCAAAAUUAGUCCACAGGGACUCAAAGUUUUGAAUUGAACUUCGUUUAUAUUCAAUAAUAUGUAUAUUAUAUAUUGUAUAAUAGUAGCACUACUAAUAAUGUUAUGACAGAUAUAAAGUAUCUAGAUUAUAAUUGUAUAACUUGAUAAAAACACAGAACCAUAUUGCUGCUAGAGGGUAAUGGGUAAGGAAGAGGUUGAACAAAUAAUAACAAAAAACGUAAAUUACAGGCAGAAAGAGGUUUAUUGACACGACCUAUGCUUUCCACGUUAUGAUGUUAUACUUCUCUGUUUUCUUGCAAACUUUGCAGAACCUGAUGUAAUACUGCACCUUGUUCUUAAUUAUUUACUAUCAGAUCAACCAAUAUUUUAUAUAUCACCCAAUAUCCAUAAUGUUUUUUGUUCCUGAAAAAUACUCCUCUAUUUAAUAUUUGUCAAAAACUAAUAUCCCCAAAGAAUUUGACGAUUCUCUAGUUUUUGAUCAUGUAACUCAUCUCGCAACUAUGGUAACGAGGUUGAUACGUAACUGAGUAUCCUGUACAAUGUAAAACUUGUCUGAUCUGAGCUCCCACUGUUUAAUCUCUCCUGAUGUACACAUCAAAAUUCGCAAUAAGCAAAAAACUUCUUUCUCUACGAUAUCGCUCGCUUCACUAACAGGUAUUUCACUUGAUUUGGCUUAUUCAUAAACGAUACACGGAGUAAUGAUUGUAAUCGAACGUAUUUAGCGGUAUUCUAGCAUCAAGUGUCUGAUUUCUUGAUCACUCGAGAUAUGAGAUAGAAUUGGAAAAACUACUGUAUCGAGCAUUUGUCACCCUGGAUAUGAAGUGAGAUUGAGUCGAACGGAGAACGGAUUUUCAUGGCAUGAGCUUUCUGUGAUGAUAAUGAUAAAAAUUUACCAAGAUCUUGUUUGAGCUGUAAAAACUUUACAAUACUGUUCAAUAAAUCGGAAUAACGGGAUAGUAAAUACUCUGACACUAUGGCGAAGCCUUAAUAUUAAUAAUCAUACAUGUACAGUAUGCACUGAAAUUUAUUAUAUAAAAAUGUCGUAACCUCCAUUUCACUAGAUAGGUAAAUCGACAUUCUUGUAUGUUGUAGAUAAAGUUGACUUCUCACCUGCGAGUGUUUACAAAUACAUCAUCAUAUAGUGUUAGGAAUAUUUAGGCCCUGUACUUGCGCUAUUUAUUUGGAUAAACAUUACGUAAUUCCCUCAUAAUUUCGCAUUAUUCUGAAAUCACGGUUGUUAUAAGUAAUGGUAUGUGUAUAUCAGCUACUUUACAUCGAACAUUCGAUAAUAAAUUACUAGUUAUAAUAAUUUGUAAGAUCGUAUUAAAAAUCAUAUGGAGCGGUAGAAUUCAUUUUGGCUGAUCGAUAGUAUACAGUGGUCAAGUGUUCCUAACAAUAUUAAUAAAACUAAUUUACUAUCACUAGUUUUCAUUACAGGGUGCAAAAAAGAGUGUGAAGAGACUUUAGGGUCAGUUUAUGGAAUCGAACGAACUUUUAUUUUUUUUUGACGUCAAGAAUAAUUUUUUUUUAGCCAUUCAAUUUAAGUAACAGUACAGAAUGAUCAUCCAUAGAUUAUAAAUUUAUUCACUCAAUAUAAAUAUUCCAAGCUGUGACCUUGUUUAUAACUCUAUGUAUUUGCAUGCAAAAGAGCCAAACUGUAUCAAAAUGUUUGUCAGGUUUAUCGGAAUUAGUAGCACUUGAGAAACCUUGAAAACGUUGGGUGAUGGGAUAAUUUUCGCAAAA